GAGGGGCAAGAGGUCCUAGCCCGAUGGUCGGAUGGCCUGUUUUAUUUGGGGAUUAUCACUAAAAUAAAUAAGGGGAAGCAGCGCUGUUUUGUUGUUUUUGAAGAUCGUUCGAAGUCCUGGGUCCUGUGGAAGGACAUUCAGACAGGCAAGUAGUUCUCCUGCCCAAGACAUGGCGCCAUGUUAAGUUCUAGCCAUUUUCUUUCGAUAGUCAACGGGAUUAACAGUUUUACGCUUGCUUGAUAUGUUGACCGUGCAACUUGUUGCAUAUUUGCCAUCUGUGUAAUAUGCUUGUAUUACACUCUAAAUAAUAAUAAAAAAAGCCAUCUGCUAAGAAAAAUACAUGCCUUUCUAUUUUCUCCACAGAUAUUACCAAUACACGAUGGGCAGAAUCCUUAGAAUUUUGCCUUUAGCACGUGUAAUUAUUCUCCGGGCUGUACAGUUUUCAGUUAAACAUGUGUUCAUUAAUGCCGUUUGGCUUGCCCUCAUUCAUUCUAUCUCCGGUUGGGUUGAUAUCCUUGGUUGAGUUUUCUUCUAUCUCCUCCGUUCAGGCCGGGUUUAUCUUUUGUAAUCUUGUCCCUGACAGUCAACUGACCACAAAGAUUCUGGGCUCACGCCAAACGUUAAGUUCCCCACGGAGCCGCGAGACAAGCAUAGGGAAGGGGACGAGGGAGGGGAGGACAUGGUCUGCACAAUAUGCCAGGACGAGUGCUCCGAGGAGCCAAACGAGAUUGUCAUCUGCGACAAGUGUGGACAAGGAUAUCACCAGCUCUGCCACUCCCCCGUCAUCGACUCCAGUCUGAUCGACACCGACGAGAAGUGGCUCUGUGGGGAGUGUGUGUUGGCCACAACAGUAAAUAAGGGCGCGCUGAAGGGUCCCAGAGCCCAGCAGGAGAUGAACCACUCUUUGCCUUAUGCCCUGGAGUACCUGGUGUGGGACCAGGGCCACAAAACCAACAGCCAGCAAUGCUACUGCUACUGUGGAGGACCUGGAGACUGGUACCUGAAGAUGCUGCAGUGCAACAGGUGUAAGCAGUGGUUCCACGAGGCAUGUAUCCAGUGUUUUAAGACGCCCAUGCUCUAUGGAGACAGGUUCUAUCUAUUUAUUUGUUCAGUUUGCAAUAGUGGACCGGAGUACCUCAAACGACUGCCUCUUAGAUGGGUGGACGUUGCACACCUGAGCCUCUACAAUCUGAGUGUGAUUCACAAGAAGAAGUACUUUGAUUCCGAGCUGGAGCUGAUGACUUACAUCAACGACAACUGGGAUCAACUACAGCUCCGGGAGCUUUCAGCUACUCCUCAGUCGGACCGAUAUGAAAGUAUUCUGGAAGCACUGAAUAGCAACCACAGCAUGUUCAUGUCGGGGAAGGAGAUUAAGAAGAAGAAGCACCUCUUUGGGCUGAGGAUCCGUUUUCCUCCGGGUCCCCAGAGCUCUGAGGUGCUGGCCGACAGAGGGGAGCCAGAGAGGGCCUCCAAUGAGAUCAAAAUCAAAGGCAGGAAGGCUAUCCAACCGCUGACCAACACCAGUUCCAGUGAAUUAACCAAUGGCGUGGUGAAGAAAGCCAAGAAGAGGAAGAAGCAGGGAGGUCACUCGCUGGAGACUCUGGCCAAGCUAAGGCGCUCCAGUGAACUUUUGGCGCAGGAUGUGACGCCACCACAAUUGCUUGAUUCCCACUCGUUGGAUCUCUUAGCCUCUAGCAGCAGGACCGACAGAUCUCUGCCAUCCUCCAGUACCUCGGACGUGGACUCCGUCGGUGCCGUCAGCACCACUGAAACUACCUCAACUAACCUCUCCAGGCAGUCCAGCCUGUGCAUCUCCAGUAAGACGCGCACGGGCCGCCACUGGCCCAUUGCCAAGCCCCCCCUGAAAAAAGACGGGGCCGGCCACGACGGGUCCCCUGCAGCCCCCAACCAUGCGAUUCCCCCUCAAUACCCAGGCCCCCAUGCCCCAGAGCCCCAAAACACCUUGCCGGGGCUCCACUCCACGGAUAUAGUGCACGGCCUGGGCCCAGGCGGCCAGUUGUCCCACCUCAAGAGCUCAAUCAGCAGCUACUUUGGGGCGGCAGGCCGCCUGGAGUGCGGGGAGAAGUACCGCGUCCUGGCCCGCCGGGUCACCCUGGAUGGCAAGGUCCAGUACCUGGUAGAAUGGGAGGGCGUCACUGCCUCCUGAACGUCUCGCAGCGCUUACGUAGUUUAUUACGUGUUUACACAGCGCUUAUAAAGCAUUAUACAACGAGCGGGUCUAAUCCUGAAUGUUGAUUGUUUAAAACCGCAUUCCUGCCAGUGUCUAUUCCGCAAGUUACCACCGGCUAAAUCUACGACAUUAAAAUGCCUAUUUACUCAGUUCCCCAUCUGACUGCGCAAUCCACUGUCUCUUCAGCCCAGCCAAGCGAUUUAUAAACUAGGUCUCCACUAUAAAAAGCAUCUAGAUAUUAUCUAACUUUUCUUUUAGACUAACGUUUAGUUUUCAACAGUGGAGAUUUGUAUUAACCUUGCUGUCUGUCUCCGACAUUUGCAACAUUGUUUCAAUAUUCAAAUUCGAUCACCAGCUGUCGCAUAGUAAUGAACGUGUCAAGAAUCAGGAUGAGACCGGCAGGCAGCUUUUCUCAGUCGGUCGAAAUCAUGAAUCCGCAUCAUUUUUAUCGAUAUAUACAAAGAGAUAUCAAUAGAAAACAGGUAAAAUGAAACUAGGUGCAGCUAGUUUGCAGUCAGUUUGAAGUUAUUGUGUUCGCUGUGUUGUUGGCUAGCUCCUCUGAACAACAGUGUCCUGACAAGAGAGCACAUUUUCAACGCCAGGUGAAAUCGCACAUCCUUAGCUGAUUGUUAUGGAUGUAUCCAAAUAAAUGUCACUAGAAAGCUGCUUAAACAAAUGCCAAUGCAGCUACUUUGUUAUUCUGGCUGCACUGUUUGGCGUGACUGUAAGUUAGCCAUAGUUGGCUAGCAAUCAAGCAAGGGAUAAGAAUGUUACCAGCCAGUCUGGUAAUAAAACAUUUAGAACGAACGACUCGGUCGUGUCCAUAGAUUCAGAACAAAAUGUAAUGACUGCCAACCAAACCGAUAGAACGGAUGACCAGCCGGCUUGGGUAGCAACCCUAGAUUUGUGUCGGGAUUAUAUCUUGUGGAAGGAUGAAAUGGUAUGAAUAAAUUCAUAAAAGUAACGUUAAUGAAAAUAUGUAAAUCAUAAUUUUUAAUGUUAACCUGUUGUAUAAAAGUGAUAAUGCCCUCGAAGCCAGAGUUAGGAGGAUGUAUUGGCACCGUUUGCCAGCCCUUGACUUUGUCUCGGGCCUAACACUCGUGCCAAUAUAUCCUCCAAAAAAACUGGCUUCACGGCCAUUAUCACUUUUAACCCUCGCCUUCUGAGAACGGGCCUCCGUGUUGCCCGGUCAGGGAGGGAGCUUGAGUUUCCCUAUUUUAGUUUUUCCUUUUCGUCCAGUGAUAUGCUCUUUUCUGUGACUCGUUGACUUCAGUGUUUCAGAUCUGUUUAGAUUUUGUGAACUGAAGGGGGUGAGAGACCAGUUUAGGCAGAAUGUAAAAGGGUUAUAUAGGGGGGGGUUUGAAUGGUGUUUGGGUGCCUUGGCGCCUGACCUGGUGUGUCGAAAGUGUGCCUGUUUGCAAGUAGUUGAUGUUCGAGAGGGACUCAACGACAGAGAUUUGUGCUGCUGCAAACCAGUUUUAUUAUGUCUUAUUUACUUUUCUACUUGUAUUUACUCAUGUCAGUGUCCAGUGAGGCGCAGUACAUUUCUUUUUUUCCCUUUUUUUAAAAACAAUUUGGAUUUGAUUGCACAUCAAGUUCAGCCUGUUGUACCGUACAACCAUUCUCCUAAACACGUGAUAGGCGAGCUUAUUAAUCCACAGAGGCGGAGAUGCGCGUUGUCUCCUUUCCCUCUCAGCUGAAAGUGUGUAACCUCUAGCUCGAACCUCUGCUUCAUGUUCUGCAAAUCAUCUCACUAUGAACAGUGUUAUUUUCACUGUGUUAUAGUUCAAGUGUCCAGAUUUACUUACAGGGGUCAAAUGCUUUUUUUUCUAACACAUGAUUCAUGAUUAAAACGAGGUGAAUUUGCUUUGAGGGCUGAGCUUGUGAGAAGGAAUGUUAAGAGUGAGUUCAAGUGUAAAGCGGUAACUUAGUUGGACUUAAGGUCUUCGUGUUAUUACAUUUGAAAGGUUGUGUAAUGUACCUACAUGUGUUCUAUAUGUUCUGAAGAUCUAAAUCAUUGCUGUAUUUUGCAUACGCAAUCUACAUUUUAUAAACGCCUCAACUAGGACUUUGUUCCUUCAUUUCUGUCGGGCUGCUGUUGUAUUUUAUGACAUUGAUAAGUUCGUUAGAACACUGACUACAAAAAGCUCUUGGACCUUGUACUUUUUAAAACUGAAUUCAGUUCUCAUAGCCGCCUAUGCAACUCGACCCUAAAAAAUGGUUGCUUUUGUAUUUCAAUCACUUAACAGCAACAACAAUAUUUUUCUGCUUAAGUCAUGCUUUGAUUUGAUUUCAGGUGCUAUUUAUUUCACUUUCUCCUCAACUGUGCACUUAGACUUCUGCUGGUACAGCCAAGCUCACCUAGAACCCACUCAGGACAUGCGCAGUAACUUCACUGUAUGUAUAACGUGCUCAUAGAACUCCAGCAAAGAUGUGGAAUGUAAAAUUGAGGUAUUAAUGGGAAGGAACAUUUUGUGGUGUAUUUCAUUGAUAUGUUCAUAAAAAAAAUGGUAGCAUUAAUUUAGACAUUCCUAUGUGACUGGUUUUGAAAAAUACUGAAAUUCAGUCCAUUAUGCUACAGGGUCAAAAAUUAUUUGUUUAUCCAAUAACAUUUCUUCCACUUAUCUCUGGAAAAUAAAGUUUCUUCUGAGUUCCUUGUUUCAUUUUAAGAGUUCAAGCAGUUAAUGCCUCUUGGUGUUGGAUGUGCUACGUUAUUCUCAGAAAAAGCAAUUUUCCCCUUCAGGCAGUGGGAGUUGGAUCUUGAUGUUCUCUCUAUUUAAAAAAUGAGUUUUUAUUUGAAGCUUUUCUCCUGUAUGUCAUUGUGCCAGUGUUAGACCCUAGAUCUUUUUUUCUACUGGCUUUGAGCAGGCUUCUUCAGCCACAUAAUAAAUAUUUAAAAGCCCUA